AUGGCCUCUUUCAGAGGACAUGAUAGCUAUGACCAUGACAAGACAUUUCUGCCGAGCGCAACCGCAGCCGCGGCAGCGACAGUAGACCAGACGAUGGACACUGAGCUGGAAUUAACGGAACCCAAGAUUAGCUAUUCCUGGACGUACUGGUAUGCCAAGUUCACGGAGCUCAACGAAUAUGAGUGUCUCCCUGAUCCAGUUGAAACACAGGGCGCGCAUCUCAUCUCAGCGCCGUCGUCGCCGAAUGCAGUAGAGUCACGCCAUGAUCCUUCUUCGUUCUACGACCACCUGUUUGAGAGACUGCGCGGGCUUGCUUUGCGACAGUCCAUACGUGAGAAUAUCUACGGUGAAGAGUUUGCCAACGAGUGGCCCAUCUCACGGACACCACGCGCCUUGGCGAACGAGAUCCGGGUAGCUCGAAGAAAGGCCCGUGACGCACUGCUGCAUCUGGAUUCUCCAUCUACGUCGUCGGAUUCUGAAUACGAGCCGGCGUGGAGGAGAAGAAUUCGUGAAGCGCGAGAAAAGAAGCGCCAGGCCAGGAAGCAAGCCAAGCUACUGGCUCAGGCUCAGACUCAAACUGAGGAUUCGGUUCAGCUUCAACUUCAAUCCCAAGUUCAGCCUCGAACUAUACAGGUUGAACCUCAACCUCAGGCACGGUUCCUCCUUGAGCCUAUUGUUGAGGAUGAGGCAGAGCAGUCGCCCAUCCCCGCUACCAGGGCUCUAACCGAUGCCGUUCGCCAGAUGACCAUACCGCCGUCUCGCAAGUCAGGCGACGAUGCCAGGAAUUCCAACUAA